ACCGCACAAAAAGCGCCUCCGACAGACUGUACAGUAAUGAAGAAGUAACAAAUCUGAAAAUGAAAAGUCUAUCGUUUCUUGCACUCGUGGCGUUGCUAUGGCAAUGCAGCCGAGCGCAGCAAAGGGGUCUUUUCCCAGCUGUGCUGAACCUGGCCUCCAUGGCAGAGAUCACCACAAAUGCCACCUGUGGUGAGAAGGGGCCAGAGAUGUACUGCAAAUUGGUGGAGCACGUCCCAGGGCAGCCCGUCCGCAACCCCCAGUGCCGACUCUGCAACCUCAAAAGCGACAGACAUUAUGAGCGACACCCCAUCGAAUAUGCCAUUGAUGGCACCAACAGAUGGUGGCAGAGCCCAAGCAUCAAGAAUGGAAUGGAGUACCAUUACGUCACCAUCACACUGGAUCUGAGGCAGGUGUUCCAGAUCGCCUAUGUUAUCCUGAAGGCAGCUAAUUCUCCUCGGCCUGGUAACUGGGUGCUGGAGCGCUCUUUGGACGGGAUCACCUUCACCCCCUGGCAGUACUACGCCAUCACAGACACGGAGUGCAUCACCCGCUUCAACAUCACCCCGAGGACUGGCCCACCGUCCUACAUCGCAGACGAUGAGGUCAUCUGUACCUCUUUCUACUCCAAGAUUCACCCUCUGGAAAACGGAGAGAUUCACACCUCGCUGAUCAACGGCAGGCCCAGUGCCGAUGACCCCUCCCCCACUCUGCUGAACUUCACCUCCGCCCGCUACAUCCGCCUGCAAUUCCAGCGAAUCAGGACCUUGAACGCUGACCUCAUGACCCUGGCGUUCAACGACCCCCAGGAUUUGGACCCCAUUGUGACCAGGCGGUAUUACUAUUCAAUAAAGGACAUAUCAGUUGGUGGGAUGUGCAUCUGCUAUGGACAUGCAAAAGCUUGUCCCCUGAGCAACGAGACAAAGAAAUUCAGCUGCGAAUGUGAGCACAACACGUGCGGAGAGAGCUGCGAUCGCUGUUGCCCUGGUUACAACCAGAAGCCGUGGAUGGCUGGGACUUUCCUCACACGGCAUGUCUGCGAAAAGUGUAACUGUCAUGGCAAGUCGGACGAGUGCUAUUACAACCAAACGAUCGCAGAGCAGAAACUGAGUUUGAACAUGAAGGGGGAGUACGAGGGGGGCGGCGUGUGCCUCAGGUGCUCCCGAAACACUGCGGGGGUGAACUGCCAGUCCUGCAUUGAUGGAUACUUCAGGCCCAGCGGGGUGCGCCCGGAGGAGCCUGACCCCUGCCGGCCCUGCACGUGCGACCUCCGAGGCGCCCUGCACAGAGCCUGCAUCCCCGACGAGUCCCAGGCGCGAGGAGAUCUAAGCGCCGGCUCCUGCCGCUGCAAGCCGGGCUACGCGGGCGAGAGGUGCGACAGGUGCGCGUUCGGGUACCGCGGGUUUCCACAUUGCGUCCGCUGUAACUGCAGUCUGGAGGGCAGUCUGAACAAGGACCCGUGCGUGCAGCCCUGCACCUGUAAGGAGAAUGUCCAAGGAGACAACUGUGACCGCUGCAAGCUGGGCUUCUACAAUCUCCGUGGUGACAAUCUCCGUGGUUGCGAGAAGUGCUACUGCUCGGGUGUGGGAAGCGAGUGCUCAGAGUCCCGCUGGACUUACAGUAAUGUGACGACCAUGUCAGGGUGGUUCCUGACCGGACUGGACCGCACAGCCCGAGUGUGGCCCACACCUAGCAGGACGGGGCCCCAGCAGCUCCGAAUCAACAACCAGGAGGCAAGGAGACACCUGCCUGCAGCCUACUACUGGAGCGCACCUGCUGUGUACCUGGGCAACAAGCUUGUAUCCUAUGGAGGACGGCUGGUGUUUACAGUCACGUACGACACAGAAGGAAAGGAUAAAGCUGUCCGAGCUUCCAUCCAUCCGGAUGUCAUCAUUGAGGGCAAUGGGAUAACAUUGAUUGACAGUCGGUUUGGGCAGCAGGUGUACCCCUUCACAGAGAGCACAAAGGGAAUAGUGCUGCUUCCUGAUCAUUUUCAACACCAGAAGACAGCCUUGCCUGUCAGCAAGAGGGAAUUCAUGAUGGCUCUCUCUAAUGUGACCAGCCUUCUCAUCAGAGCCUCCUACAGCAAUGAGGAGGUCGCCAUCUACAGGCUCCACUCUGUAAACCUGGAGGUGGCCAGUGAGCUCCCCAGGACAGAUGUGAUAGCCAGAGCUGUGGAGAUUUGUCACUGUCCUCCUGGCUACAGUGGAGCGUCCUGUGAGACGUGUGCCUCAGGGUACCGAAGGGUUAACAGCACAUUGUUUAAAGGAGUGUGUGAGCCCUGUCACUGCCACGGCCACGCGACGCUUUGUGAUGACAUCACUGGCCACUGCUUGGGCUGCACAGACCACACUGCCGGCCCUCACUGUGACAUCUGUGCCCCUGGUUUCUAUGGUGACGCUACCAAGGGGACAGCCAAUGACUGCCAGCCCUGUGCCUGUCCACUGCUGAGCCCCUCCAAUAAUUUCAGCCCCACCUGCCACGUGGACAGCAGAGGGGAGGUGGUCUGUGACCGGUGCCAGGUGGGAUACGUGGGACCACGCUGUGACAGGUGCUCUAAUGGUUUCUUCGGACGUCCCACGGAGCCGGGGGGAAGCUGCCAGCCAUGCCAGUGCAACGGGAACCUGGACAGCACGGCGUCACGCAGCUGUGACCCUGUGACGGGCACGUGUCUGCGGUGCAGGGAGGGAUAUGGAGGCGAGGCCUGUGAGACCUGUGCUGACGGCUUCUUCGGGGAUGCCAUCAUUGCCAAAAACUGUCAGCCAUGCAUGUGUCACAGCAAUGGAUCCAUGUCGGAGGUGUGCAACCAGCAGACGGGCCAGUGCCAGUGUCGGCAGCACGUGGUCGGCCGGCAGUGCGACGAAUGCAUGCCCUCCACCUAUAACAUGCAGCCAGCCCGCGGGUGCGUCCCCUGCAACUGCAACUCCUUCGGGUCCAAGUCCUUUGACUGUGACGAGACGGGGCAGUGCCGGUGCCAGCCCGGGGUGACGGGACAGAAGUGCGACCGGUGCUCGCCCGGUCACUUUGGCUUCCAGGAGGGCGGGUGCACACCAUGCCAAUGUGCCCAUGUUGGGAAUAACUGCGAUUCCAGUACGGGACAGUGCAUCUGCCCCCCCAACACACUGGGCGAGAGGUGCGACAAAUGCGCACCCAAUUACUGGGGUCACGACAUCAUCACCGGCUGCAAGGCUUGUGAGUGCAAUGUGGUGGGCUCGCUGACCCUGCAGUGCAACGCGAACACAGGCUGCUGCUUCUGCCGGGAGCAGUUCACCGGCGAGAAGUGCAACGAGUGCAAAGUGGGCUUCCGUGAUUUCCCACAGUGCCUCGCUUGCAACUGCAUAGUGGCCGGCACUGCCGCCGAGACCUGCGAUGCUGAACGGGACGUCUGUUCCUGCUCAGACAGGACAGGACAGUGCACAUGCAAGGCCAACGUGGACGGCCUGCUUUGCGACAGCUGUCGGCCGGGGACGUUCGGGCUCAGUGUCAGGAACCCUCUGGGCUGCAGCAAGUGCUAUUGCUUCGGAAUGUCCAGCAGCUGCACCGAGGCCACCGGGCUGAUCCGCAUGUGGCUUACCCUGAAGCCUGAGCAAACAGUGCUCCCUCUAGUGGACAAAGUCAACCAGCGCAAAACCACAUAUGGCGUGUCCUUCCAGCACCCAGAGAUAAUCGCGCACGCAGACCUGGUGACCCGGGACCUGUCCGAACCCUACUACUGGAGGCUGCCUGAGCAGUUCCAGGGAUCCAUGAUCACAGCUUAUGGAGGCAAGCUCAAGUAUGCCAUAUACUACGAGGCUCGCGAUGAAACUGGGCGAACCUCUUACGAGCCGCAGGUGAUCGUUAGAGGCGGUCCCAAAAAGGACAAGGUGAUGAUGCGCCAUAUGCCCAGCCUGCAGAUAGGUCAGCUCACCCGCCACGAGAUCGACAUGACAGAGCACGAGUGGAAACACAGCAAUAACAGAGUUAUGACGCGGGAAGACUUUAUGAAUAUCCUGUUCCACAUUGAUUACAUCCUCAUCAAGGCAUCUCAUGGAAACGAGAUGAGACACAGCAGAAUCUCAGAGAUUUCCUUGGAAGUUGCAGAGGAAGGGAAGCCGUCGGUGGAGAGUGAGCGGGCCCACCAAAUCGAAAAAUGCGACUGCCCUACAGGCUACUCUGGACUGUCCUGCGAGGAGUGCGCGGCCGGGUUCUACCGCCAGGCAGACCGGGUGGGCGGAUCGCUCUCCAGGGCGGGCAUCGGGAGCUGCGUGCAGUGCCAGUGCAACGGGCACAGUGACACCUGCGACCCCGAAACUUCCAUCUGCCAGAACUGCCAGCACAACACAGUGGGGGACAGGUGCGAGCGCUGUGCCCCGGGAUAUUACGGCGUGGUGCGUGGGUUCCCCCAGGACUGCCGCCCCUGCGCCUGCCCCCUCACCAACCCCGAGAACAAUUUCAGCCCCACCUGCGUCAUGGAGGGAUUCAAGGACUACCGCUGCACGGCCUGUCCUGAAGGUUAUGAGGGGAAGUACUGCGAGCGCUGUGCCAGCGGUUACCACGGCGACCCCCAGGCCCCCGGAGGCCGGUGCGAGGAGUGUAAGUGUGACCCCGUGGGCGCGCUGCCCCAGCCCUGCGACCGCAAGAGCGGGCAGUGCCAGUGUCGGCCCGGAGCCACUGGACUGGCGUGUGACAAAUGCAUGGAACGGCAUGUGUGUGGACCAUCUGGGAUUGUGUCAUGUGACGAUGAUUGCAGUGGGCUCCUCAUCAGUGACAUGGACAGACUGCAGCGCAUCAUUUCCGGCGUCAACUUGAGCGGUCCUCUGCCUCCACCCUACAAGAUGCUCUACAGGAUAGAGAACAUGACGGAGGAACUCAAGCAUCUGCUCUCCCCCCAGAGGGCGCCAGAGAGGCUCCUGCAGUUGGCCGACAGCAAUCUGGGGAGCCUGGUUACGGAGAUGGAUGAGCUGCUGAGUCGAGCGACCAAAGUAUCGGCAGAUGGAGAGCAAACAGAGGCGGAUGCUGACAGGAUCCACAAAAGGGCAGAAGACUUAGAGCUGUUUGUGAAGAACACGCUUCUGGCUGCGGAAGCUCUUAGAGACAAAGCUGAGGAUCUGAACAGGACUCUGGGAAUCCGAAAAGGAGCUCCGGAGAAAAGCCUGAACGACAUGCACCGAGAGAUCGAGGCCAUGAUGGCAGAACUUCGCAAGCGGCAGCUCGGAGGAAAGAAGCAGAUCUCAGAGGAGGAGCUAAGUGCUGCUGAUGCCCUUUACCAAAGAGUCAAGCGUCUCUUUGGAGACCCACACCAGGCCACUGAAGACCUGAAGCAGGAAGUGACCAGCAAGAUGGGCGACUACAAGAGCAAGCUGGACGAUGCACAAGCCCUGCUGAAAGAUGCGCAGGGAAAAAUUCGGGAGACCAAUGCUUUGUCAGCGCUCAACCACCGCAAUAUGAGUAACCUGGAGAGAAAAAGGGACGCUGUGAAACAAGGGAAGAAAGGAACAGAAGACAUCCUCGCAGAUGGAGAACGCAUCCUCGCUGAAGCAAACCUCCUCUCAGACAACAUCAAUCAGGAGCUAGAGGACCUGGAGGAGAUGGAGCGUGAGCUGGGUCCCCUGCACGAUCAGCUGGACUACAAGGUGAGCCGCCUGGCCAAAGGUCUGAUGGACAAGACCCUCCCCGACCUGCUACUGCAGGCUGAGAGCCAUGCCGCCCAGCUAAACGAGUCCUCCGCCAUCCUCGACAGCAUCCUUGCAGAUGCAAAAAACCUGUCCUUUAACGCCACGGCAGCAUUCAACGCCUACAGCAACAUCAAGGACUUCAUUGAAGAGGCGGAAAGGUUGGCCAGACAGGCAAAGACACGUGGGGCAGAGGCUGUUCAGCUGACAUCCACCCCAAGGGGCUCUUUAAAGGAUCAUGCCAAAAACUCUCUACAGAAGAGCUUCCGGCUGUGGAAUGAAGCCAUGAAGUUAAACAAUGAGGUUAAAGAGAAUGGCGAGCAGUUGGGAGGCCUGCAGGCCAGGGUUAAAGCUGCAGGGAUGAGGAAGAAGGAUUUACAGAAGGCCCUCAACGACACACUCGGAAAGCUGCGAGCGAUCCCGAACGACACAAGCGCAAGGCUGCAAGCGGCCAAAGAGAGGGCGAAAGAUGCCAAUGACACAGCCACCGACGUGCUGGCCAGAAUCAAGGACCUGAAUGUGAACCUGAUGGGUCUCCAAAGGAACUACAGCCAGCUGGAGGACGACGUGCACAAGGCCAACAACAUCAUCCAGGAUCCUGACAAAAACACAAUAAUCCACGCUGCUGGGGCCAAAGUGAAAGACCUUGAGGAUGAAGCUGAUAGGCUCCUAGAAAAGAUCAAACCAAUCAGAGAGUUCCAGGAUAAUCUGAAGAAGAACAUUUCGCAGAUUAAGGAGUUGAUCAACCAGGCGCGGAAGCAGGCCAACUCAAUUAAAGUGUCGGUCUCAUCCGGGGGUGACUGCAUCCGCUCAUACCGCCCCGAGAUCAAGAAGGGUCAGUACAACACCAUCAUCCUGAAUGUGAAGACCACCCACCCCGACAACCUGCUCUUCUACCUGGGCAGCGCCAGAUACAUCGACUUCCUGGCGAUAGAGAUGCGCAAAGGAAAGGUGAACUUCCUGUGGGACGUGGGCUCCGGGGUGGGCCGUGUGGAAUACCCAGACCUGGCCAUCAAUGACGGGAACUGGCACCGGAUCGAGGCCUCACGGAUUGGUAUCAACGGCACCAUCUCCGUCCAUCCAUUGGAGGGUCCGAAGGCUGGCAUCAUGCCCACAUCCACCAGUGCCACGUCACCCACUGCAUAUACCAUUCUUGAUGUGGACCAGAAUGCCUACCUGUUCGUCGGCGGCAUACUGGGCACUGUGAAAAAAGCCGAUGCGGUCAAAACGACCACCUUUACUGGCUGCAUGGGAGAGACGUACCUGGACAACAAACCCAUCGGGCUGUGGAACUACAGGGAGAGGGAAGGGGACUGCAAAGGCUGUGUUGUGAGCCCGCAGCCAUCCGACGCCGAGGGGACUGUCCAUUUCGACGGGGAGGGGUACGCAGCCGUGAGCCGCCCGACGCGCUGGAACCCCAACGUGUCCACCGUCAUGUUCAAGUUCCGCACCUUCUCCACCAAUGCACUCCUCAUGUACCUGACCACAAAGGAUAUGAAGGACUUUAUGAGUACAGAGUUCAGUGACGGCCAUGUGAAAGUCAGCUUUGACCUGGGCUCGGGCACAGGGUCGGUCACUAGCAGCAAGCGGCACAACGAUGGCAGAUGGAAGUCCUUCACCAUGACCAGAAUGAAAAAUGAAGCUACAGUGACCAUACUGGACAUUGACAGCAAUGAGGAGGAGAAGAUGGUGGUGACAUCGCAGGGACCCAGCACGGGGCUCAACCUCAAGGAAGAUGAGAGGAUCUAUUUCGGCGGUCUGCCUACUAUUCGAAACUUCAGUAUCAAAGCCAGACCUGAGGUGACUCUGAAGAAGUAUGCUGGCUGCAUGAAAGAUAUAGAAGUCUCCAGAACACCGUACAAUUUGCUAAGCAGCUCAGACUACACGGGCCUCACUAAAGGCUGUUCUAUAGAGAACCUUCAUACCGUGAGUUUCCCCAAACCGGGCUACAUGGAGCUGAAGCCCAUGUCUUUCGAUGUGGGAACGGAGAUAACGCUGUCCUUCAGCACCAAGAGUGACAAAGGCAUCAUCCUUUUUGGAAGCGGGGGCAUCCCAGCGCCCCCCAGAAGGAAGCGAAGGCAGACAGGAGAGCCUUUCCUGUCCGUGCUCCUGAAUAAGGGCAUCUUGGAAGUGUUGGUGUUCACAGGGGGUCGAAACCCUCGCAGGGUGAUCCGCAAACCGGACGACGGCAUCCUCCAUGAUGGCCGCGAGCACUCCCUGCGAAUCGAGCGGAUAGGCGGAGGGGCUUUCACAGUGCAGGUGGAUGAGGAGCCCAAGCUGGAGCAGAGUCUACCCAGCGACUUGCCGUUGAGUAUAAAGAGGCUUUUCAUUGGUGGAAUUCCGCCCGACGUGGAGACCAGCAUGCAGAGGACCAACAUCCCCUUCGAUGGCUGCAUCUGGAACCUGGUCAUCAACACCAUUCCCACGGACUUCUCCCAGCCGGUGUCAUUCGAGAAUGCAGAAAUAGGGCAGUGCCCAGACCUGGCCCCUCCCCCACCCCCAGCCCUGCCCCUCAAACCUGACAUUGAGGAGAAGAAAGAGGAGGAUGUGUCCCGGCCCAAACCUGCUCCAGAGACCAAAGAGGUCACCCGGCAGCCUCCAGCACCCGUGACUAUUCCCUGUGCAGCAGAGGCCAGCCCUGUGGUCUUAGAGAAGGCGAAGCAAUUUGGCCUCUCCAGAAACAGUCAUGUGGCUAUGGCCUUUGAUGACACAAAGGUCAAAAACAGACUGAUCAUAGAGUUCGAGUUGCGGACAGAGGCGGAGUCUGGCCUGGUCUUCUACAUGGCCAGAAUAAACCACGCUGACUUUGCCACUAUCCAGGUGAAGGAGGGCAUGGCCCACCUGGCCUACGACCUGGGCAGUGGAAACACCUCCGUCAGUGUCCCUCGCAUUAUCAAUGAUGGACAGUGGCACAAGAUCCGGGUGCUGAGGGACAAGCAGAGGGGGAUCCUGACUAUCGACAACCGCUACUCCAAACACACCACCAGCCCCAAAAAGGCGGAUAUUCUCGAUGUUGUUGGGAUGCUCUACAUCGGAGGCCUUCCUGUUAAUUACACCACAAAGAGGAUCGGCCCGGUGCUGUACAGCAUCAAUGGCUGCAUAAGGAACUUCAAGAUGCUCAACUCCCUGUUGGAUUUGGACAACCCCACAUCCAGCUAUAAUGUAGGGUCCUGUUUUGUCAGCACAGAGAAAGGGACAUACUUCAAUGGCACUGGAUAUGCAAAAGCAGUGGGCUCAUACAGAGUUGGCUCAGACAUGUCCAUCCAGCUGGAAUUCCGCACAUCCCAGAGCAGCGGGGUUCUCCUGGGAAUCAGCAGCCAGAAAAUGGACGGGCUGGGAAUUGAACUGUACAAUGGCAAAGUGCUGUUCCAUGCGGAUAACGGACUUGGGCGGGUCACAGCGGUACACGAGCCGGACACAGAGGCAGGUCUUUGUGACGGACAGUGGCACUCUGUCACCGCCCACAAGCUGAAGCACAGGCUGGAGCUCAUUGUAGACGGCAGGAAGUCUGAAGCGGAGAGUCCCCACGUCAAGUCCACCUCUGCCGACACCAACGACCCUGUCUAUGUGGGGGGCUACCCUGAGGGCCUGAAGCAGUUUGGGCUCACCAUCAGCACACCGUUCAAGGGCUGCGUUCGUGACCUGAAGCUGGCCAAGGCUUCGAAAGUGCUGGAGGUUCAGUUCAACAAGGCCCUGGAACUGCAGGGAGUCCAACCCAUGACCUGCCCUGCAAACUGACCCGACUGGAACUAGCUCCUGCAACCUGCCCCCUUUCAGCAACCUCUGCUUUGCACUGUAUCUGUGUGCUCUCUGGCAGUGUGACUUGGGUUUGACUGUGUUGUUUUGUUUUUUUUUUUUUUCAGUUAGAGUGUGAAGUAUUCACACAACAAAUUAGGCAGGAUUAAUUUCAGCCUUGUGGGGUUUUAAAAGAAUGCUUGCAUGCCGCUUUAGAAGGCUCCUGUUGCUCUAAUUUCACCUCAUUUGUCCACACCGCUAGCCGUAUGCAUGGGGGGGUGACCGCACUGUAAUAUAUUCUCUAUGCCAUUUUCAAAUA